ACCGAACCUGAAGUCCGGGACCCACCUGACAGCGGGACAUUAAGCCAAUAUGAGGACAGGUAAUUCGGUACGCACCCCUAGAUAGCGUCACCCACAUUGUUCGUCGUCCCCAAACAAAUAAAUUUGGGGAAAAAACUCCAAUUGCGGCGGGUGGGGAAAAAAAGAGAGAAAGAAAUUUUUUUCUCCGUUUUUUGACCCCAAUUCUGACUGACUCGCCGCCGGCGGCUCGAUCACGCCGGAACCCUAGUCGAGGCUGGGGUAGUUUCGGCCGUGCUCGGGAGCUCGUUUACGCGGCGAGCUCGACCGCCGCGGGUCUCCGGAGCCGGUGGACGGCAUCAUCGUCUAGGGUUUGCUCUUAAUCAUCUAGGGUUUGCUCUUACCGGAGCUGCUCGGCCGCAUCGUCCGCGGGCCUACAUUUUGUGCUGCCGCCGAGAUGCCGCCGCCGUCUAAGAAGUUGGCUCGCGUCGACACGCUCCAGCUCAAGGAUCAGAUCGUCAAGCGGCUGGGGCCCCUGCGCGCUGAGCUCUACUUCCGCAGCCUCAAGAAGUUCCUCGGCUGUCAGCUCGGCAAGGAUGAGUUUGAGAAGAUCUGUGUUACUACAUUGGGGAAGGAGAACAUCAAGCUCCACAAUUUCCUCCUCCGGUCCAUCCUCAGCAAUGCUUGUCUAUCGGAUGGGCCUCCGCCAAGCAUGCAGGCGGCCACUGGAAACUCGCAGACUAGCACGGUGUCCAAUGGGACAUUCAGCAAUGGCUUAUUGCCGGUGAGGAGGGUGAGGCCCCGGACUAAGAGGUUCAGUGAUAAGCCGAGCCCGAUUGGGAAGUCUCCUCUUGGUCAUCCGAGUGCUGGGGGGGAGUUUGUGUCAGCUGGUUGCAAGGUUUUGCAGGAGGUAAUCUCUGUGGAGGAUGGCGAGGAGGUCAACCAGGCCCGUGGUAGCCCAGUCUGUGUGCAGAGCCGAAGCCCGAUAAGGCCCCCAGUGGGGGUUCCAAAGGUUCAGAAUUCUGAGCCUUUGAUAUCUUGCGCUUUAGAUGUGUGCUGCAAUUAUGGUGAACUGCCAGAUUCUCAGACGCUGUCCAAGCUACUUGAUGAUAAGUUGAAGGCUCAAGGUCUCAGUGUAUCCAAAGAGUUUGCUGAUGUGUUGAACGCUGGGUUGAAUGCAUACAUGACUCGGAUGCUGAAGCCCUGUCUAGGUAUUGCGAAGGCAAGGGGAAUCAACAGGACGAUGCACCAAGCAAAUAGCCGCACCACUGCUUCAGUAAAUAGUGGGCAGAACAAUGGCUUUCCUUUGGAAUCAAGCCAUUGUUAUCAAGCUUCCCUGCCUGAUCUCUCGACAGCAGUGCUAUCAGAUGCUCAGUUAGUGGGGUCCGUGGUGAUUCAUGAGAAGAUUUCUUCCUAUCUCCACAACUGAUAGAGAGCAGUUAGUUUCCUCCACAUUUUUGGCAAACCCUAUGGUGGAGUUGGUCAAGUUUAGGCAGUAUGUUGUAGGGCCUUCUAUCCUGCUGUAGAAACUACAGCUACAGGUAGUUAGGUUGAGGUAUAGUGAAGUUUUACUAUAGGACUGGGUAGUGUACCCAUGGCUGGUGAGGGUGAUACUUCUUAGGAUGCAGUACAUGAUAGUGAGUUCCAUUUAGCUGUGAUUAUUCGCAAAGGAAAUAAUUAUAACAAAAGAUUCUGGAAUGUGUCGUGCCUUUUUUUUCGAGCGUUUUGCAGAUAUUUGCCAUUAUGAAAAAUGUGUUUUCUAAAACUGUCAUUAUAAUUCGUGCGGUGAUUCCCAUUAUUUGAUAAAAAAAUUGGCGCAUCCAUUAUAUACGUUGGCCCCUACCAGAUGCCCUUGUUGACUUCCUUUUACAUACUGCUUGUCUCCAAGCACCAAGCUCAAGCAGCCACCAGCGGCAAGCUCAAGCAGCCAUGGACAUGGGCCGGCUCCACUCCCUGCAGUAAGCAGCGGCAGCCAUGGACAUGGGCCAGCUCCAGCACGCGACCUCCUCGUCCUCCGGCAGCGGCAGCCAUGGACGCGGCACCCGGUGUUCUGUGGUGUGCGGCGUCCUUCUCCCUGCUGACUUCUUUGCCGCCGUCAUUCCUGUUCUUGUUGUCCAGCAAAUCCUCCGCACAUUCCCUCGACUUUACUGCCUACUUUCCAUGUGGCUGACAUGUCCAAUGUGGUGACCUGGACUUCGUUGCUAGGGAAUAGGGAUAAAACAUGCCAUACGAAUGUACAAUAUGGCACGGGUUAAUUUUUUUGAUCAAAUAAUGGCAACUACCGGAUAUCAUGAACUAUAAUGACAUUUUUAGAAUACACAAUUUUCAUAAUGGCAUAUAUAUGAAAACCCCUUUUUUUCAACGCCUUAUGCACCAAUGUUACCAUGUUGUGCCUGUACAGAGAAUCAGGUACUGUGUUUAGAAUAUUUUGCUGUUGGAUAUCUUGGGUUUGUUGCCUCUUGUCUGCUGUGAUCUAGUUUGUCUGGCCAGGUUAUUGGUUUGUUUAUUUUAAUGUGCAUAGGCAUCCAUCUAUUUGGCUAUUACUGUUGAUCAUUUAUUAAUUAGUGUUGCUUAAGGGUGCCAUAUAAAUUCUUGUUUCUUUUUUUCUCUCUUCCUGUCAUUAUCUGGUAUAGGUCCAGCUUGACUCGGAGCCAACAUAUAGCUACGAAACUGUACGGACAAUUCGUUUCUCUGCAUCUUAGUAUUCUUCCAUAGUGAUUUGUUUCUACAUGGUGUCUUCUGUGCUGUUCUACUAUCCUGAAUAUGUACGUGCACUCCGAUGCAGGCGUCGGGGUUUUAUCUGCAUUGUGGUAUGAUUCAUUUGCUACAAGAGCGUUCCAUGUUGUACCCACUCCAGUCUGUCUUUUGUCUUCCCUGUAUAUAUUAUAGAGAGAAAAAAAGACUGUUACAGAUUUAUACAGAGGACCCAAGAUGCAGAAAGCUGAAGAUAUGAUUCGGCAAGUCCACGGUGUCAGGCAUUCAGGCCUUCGUAGAGGAUUCUGGUGAGCAUGAAGCCGUCGGUCCCUUCUUAGAUGGCAACGGGCCUCGAUUCCCAAUUCACCAUGGGAAAUUCUUUCAUUAGAGACAGUGAAGUUUCGUUUCCCACGAGGAUAUAAAUGUGUAAACGAGGACGGAAAUCAUUUUCUAUCUCUGUUCUCUACGGAGACACGUUAAACAUGUACGUGGUGGUGUUUUCGUGUAAUAGUUAACGAUAAAAAUAAAUAAUUAUCAUGUCAAUAGACCACACUCAUUGUAUAAUUGUGAUUCAUUUUAAUAUAUACAUAAUGAUA